AUGGCACAGAGAGCAUGGCAGGGAGGGGUGGAGGGGAGGGUUGGAGAAACAGACCAUGAGGCAACAACAACAACAACAACAGCAACAGCAAUAGCAACAGCGGCGGCGUCAGCAGCAGCAGUGGCGUCAGCAGCAGCAGCAGCAGCAGCAGCAGCAGCAGCAGCAGCAGCAGCAGUAGCAGCAGCAGCAGCAGCAGCAGCAGCAGCAGCAGCAGCAGCAGCAGCAGCAGCAGCAGCAGCAGCAGCAGCAGCAGCAGCAGCAGCAGCAGCAGCAGCAGCAGCAGCAGCAGCAGCAGCAGCAGCAGCAGCAGCAGCAGCAGCAGCAGCAGCAGCAGCAGCAGCAGCAGCAGCAGCAGCAGCAGCAGCAGCAGCAGCAGCAGCAGCAGCAGCAGCAGCAGCAGCAGCGGCGGCGGCAGUGGCGGUGGCAGCGCGUGUCCCCCAGGGCAGAGAGAGCACCUGCUUCAUGAGUCGCUGGCUCUCCUCCUUGUGCUGCGCUGUGGUGCAGCGCGCCAGCACUCGCUCCACAUACGCUGCUAGCCCGGGGGGGAACUUGCCCGGCUGGCGCCCACGCCACCAUUCAUGGGGGGGGAGGGGCAAGAGGAGGGAGAACAUGCACGUUGGAGCAUGGAUGAUGGAAGAGGGAGGGAGCGAGGGACGGAGGGCGGAAGGAUUUCAGAGGAAAAUGCAGUGGUGGAGUGUGUGA